GGAAAAUACAUGUGAAACCAGGGGAGAGGUUAAAUUUAAACAUAAUUCAUUUUAGGAACAACUAACUCGGCCAGUCCAAGAUCAGAUAUUGAAUGAACUCAAUCAACUGACCGAUGUUUGUGAUGCCCUUAAAUCACUCCAUAUUGCUAUUGGAUUUCUGUCGUCUGCUGGGGGAGAUCCCUCAAUGUCUAUCCGUGACUACCUUCAUUCAGGAUUAAAGAUGACGCUUAGAAAUGGCUUAAAAAGUGGGAAGGUAAAUUUAUAUUUGAAGGAAUAUAACUCUUCAAUUCAAUAGCGUAUUUUAGUCAGUUAAUUAGCGUACUUUAGUAGCUGUUCACAAUAAUUGCGGGAACCACUGAGUAUUUUCCUAAAAUACAAUACAACGAUGAUUCCUGAUGAUGACUAAAUAAAGUCGAAACGUUGAAUCAAAAUGCUUACUUUAUUCGGAGUUACCAUUGUAUUGUAGCUGUUUACCUUACUGUAUCUUGAAACCAAAAAGAAGGCAACAUUUUCUUGUUUAAUGUCGUUGUAGUUAACGUCGUUGUAGUUACUCUAAGAUAAAUUUUGAAGAAGCCCAGAUUGCAACGUUAUUUUUUCUAAGAUUGCCUGAAACCAACCGUCUGUGGGAACCAAAAUAACACCGAGGGAGAUACCUUUGUAUAAUUAAGGGUUAUCCUUGCACUAUUCCCCUCCACUUCGGCGAAUAAUUGUUCAUGUUUCUGCUGAUGAGUACACAAAUUUUCCUUUUUUAUAGGCUGAGCAGUUUUGUCAACUGCAACAUAUUGUAUCACUAUGGCUGUUGUUAUCUUUAGAAAGGGCAAGAGUAUUGACAAAGCGUAGACAGGUUUGUAAUAUAAGAAUGAUAGGCUACAACUUUAGAAAUUUGGGGGAAAUCUCGUAAUGCAUAUACAGACUCGUGUUGACAUGUAGUAUACGAUAUAAUAAAAUUGAAAAUUACAGGCAUUGUUAAGCCGGUUACAAAGGAGCAACUAUUCCAUGACAAGUUUUUAUAUUGUAUGUGCAACAAAUUUUCCAUAACACGUUUUUGGUUUUCUGAGUACGAGACGUGAGGAAACGUUCUGAUAGCUAUUUUAAUAUAUUAAAUAUUGCCACCAUAGAUGCUGCAACUGCAAGUGCUCAAAUUACUUUGCCAUGCAAGUGAUCAAAUUACUUUGCCUAUACCCACAAAGUUUAUAUCUAGUGCACUUGUUCAAAAGGUAGCAUACUAGCUUUUAAACAAAUUGUAGAUGAUGAGAUAGAUGAAUAGAUAGACAUCGCAACCAAAAUACACAUCGCAGCCAAAGGCAAAGAGCUGCCAAAUUACAAAUUCACAUCACAGUCAAAUUACAAAUCGAAAUUAGAUAUGUACAAUUAAGCAAUUACCAAUAGGAAAAGCGAAUAAUAUUGUUAAAAUAGUACGGACUAUUUUCAAUUUAAAUUAAAUAGUGUAGCGGACGAAGGAGUAAAAGUAUUAAAAGCUGUUAGUGUUUUAGAGUAGCCUACUCAGUAAAAACACGAGACUGUCUUAAACACGCCCGUUUCAGUGAUAAAGGUUGAGCUAACUUGUGAUCAGGUUCAUUCACUAUUUCACUAAAAGGUUUCUUACACAGUUCCUCACGUUUCGUACUCAGUUUAUGAAUGCCACCACAGUUAUGCCACAGAUCAGGGUCUUAGCUAGAGGGCCGUGUUGGCCGUGUUAUCGCGGCCAACAGUGGAAAAACACGGCUAGAUAAAAUGAACGCGGCUUCAAUAUUCAUAUAAGGCCGUGUAGGUUCAUAAAAUAAGGUGGUGCUACUUACAACAGGCAGAAUUUCUUCCUAUUUGCGUCGUAAGAAAGUUUGUAAAAUCUACUGUUGUUGUUGAAAUGGCAAAAGUGAUUCGUGAUGUUUUAAUAUUUUGAUGGAUAAUGGGAAUUGUAUAUGUAUGGUGUUAAAAUGGUUUUAAAUACCCCCAAGAGUUGCUGAAAUAACUUAAUAUUUUAAGGUGGCUCGCUACAGUUUAUAGAAAUGUUGAAAAUGCGUAAACUAGAUCACCUUUUUGAAGAGAUGAUGCUCUUUACAAAUCGAAAUUUGUAUAUUAUAUAUACAGCGACAAUCAAACAGUCGAAAAUUGGUCAGAAAAGUGACGUAACCACUGUUGCUAUGGCAACAAUGACGAUUCAAGAUGGCCGAUAUUUUGGCUUUGAACGUAUUUUACUUUAAAAAAAGGUCGGUUACCCCCAUUUUUUAUUUCAGAAAACAUUUUCUUAUAGUGCAAUGCACUAUCUGACCAAUUUUAAAAAAAUUCUGUAAUGCAAAAAAAAAAUUAUUUCGAAAAACCAUGUUUAUAAAUUUUUUAGAAAUUUGGCAUUACAGAUUUUUUUAAAAAUUGGUCAGAUAGUGUAUUGUACUAUAAGGAAAUGUUUUCUGAAAUAAAAAAUGGGGGUAACCGACCUUUUUUUUAAAGUAAAAUGCGUUCAAAGCCAAAAUAUCUUGAAUCGUCAUUGUUGCCAAUAGCAACAGUGGUGACGUCACUUUUCUGACCAAUUUUCGACUGUUUGAUUGUCGCUGUAUAUAUAAUAUACAAAUUUUGAUUUGUAAAGAGCAUCAUCUCUUCAAAAAGGUGAUCUAGUUUACGCAUUUUCAACAUUUCUAUAAACUGUAGCGAGCCACCUUAAUGUCUGUGCGCAAUAUGAGCGUAUGCUCGCCUUGUAUUUGGUUGCAAAGCACAGAACAACAACAGGCAUUGUCUGUUGUUGGCGAGCAUAACUAGAACCGUGAUUUUGCUAUUCAAGGUAAUCUAAAAUCCUAGCUAAGACCCUGCCACAGAUAGAUAUGGACUGUCGUCGUAAUUUAGGUAGGGGGUAAAUAUAAGAGACAUAACUCGCUUUUGAAUACGUUCGAUGGCUUUGGAGAAAUAAUUGGGCAAACCCUAAUGGUAUGUUUCCGAAUAAAAAAUGGCGUCUUUUGAUAAAGACUAACAAUGAUAUGUCUUACGAGUUCCGAGGUGUUUAUAUGAGCUUGGCUGACCGGUAAACCGUGGUGAUUCGCGAAUGUUGACAUCUCAAUGCUGACAUCAUAAUUUUUCUAAUUGUUUUUGAGCUUUAUGUGAAAUGGCCUUGAGCAGCUUUGAAAGAAGUUAAUAAAAUAUUUCUAUACAACCAUGCAAAGUGAUUUGUAUCAGACUUAUAAAUAUACAAUUAUGCAAUGCAACCUAUAAGCAGCAGACCGGUUCCACAUUGCCAAGAAUAGUCAUAAGAACUCGUCGAAACAGCAAAUUUUUACCUGAUGACCAUGUGAAUAAAUUAGGGCAAACUUCAUUGUGAUUAAACAGCAAGAAGUCAUUCAGAAAAAUAAAAUUUAUUUUAACACAGCGGUUUAUUCCUUUUUAGGAUCCAUUUGAUGACGUAUCGGAGAAGGUGAAGUCUUCACUUGACAAGAAACAGAAAUUUGGUUUAAACAGCGGAUUACAAAAGCUAAAUGUGGAUCAUUUUGUUGGUGUGUUGCUGGAAUUCAUUUUGCUUUACUUGAAACAUGUUCCUGAUGAUCAGUUACACUUUCCGUAAGUUUACACAGAAGUUGUUUUAUUUAUAAAUAAGCUUUAUAAUACGUACUGUGCGCGAAACUGCGCAAAGAUUUUGUUGAAACUCCGUUUAGCGUCAUUUCAGGAUUUUUUGCCUUUAGUUCAUAAAUACAGGUAUGAUAAAGUAUUACGAAAACCAGAUACAUUCUCUUGCGCAAAAAAGGUGGCAUGUUUUCAUGUCAAAACAUUUAGCAAUGAUAAAUCCCUGCAACUAAACUAUUUCAUUGUUAAUAAUAUACAUGAACAAAAUUCUCAAUUCUGAUUAGCUAAGAGCAGUGCAAUGUUUUCGAAAUACAGUGCCAGAAAAAGAAAUACUGUACAGUGCAUGCAAAUUCCUUUGACUGUUUAGCCUAUCUGAUUGGCUUAAAUUAUGAAACAAUAACAAAGAUAGCCAAUAAGAUAUACAUUCAACAGUUUCCAGCAGCAGAAAUAAUAAAAAAAAACAUUUUGGAGUUUUGGGAAAUGACAAGAAUGGCUGGCGUUUUUAGUAGAUUUUCUUUGGCAACAGAAAGUGUAAUACUGGGGCUCAAAAACAAUUCAAAAAUGAAAAUACUACAAAAAGCGCCCUUUUCUGGUUGAGUGUCUGGAAGAAAUGGUGCGUUGAAAAGAAAAUUACCAGUCAAAUCGAAAAUAUUUCGCCAGAGGAGUGAAAUAUUUUCCUUGUGCGCUUUUAUGCCGAAGGGAAAAAUAAACACGGCGAAGAUUACGAACCAGACAGCUUGAAAGUCAUGAUAACGGGACCAGAUAGACACUUGAAGGACAAGGGUUAUAAACGUGUAAUUAUACGAGACACAGAAUUUUCCUCUUCCAAGCAAGUACUUGAAGGGAAGGCAAAACAACUCCGCCAGUCAGGACAUGGCAUGGGCCCAAACAAAUCAAGACAACUCUCAGUGAGGGAAGAGGAAAUUCCCUGGCAAAUGGGUAAUUCGAUCGGUCGCCAAAGCCCAUAAGCAUUAGUUAAAACUAUGUGGUAGCGCCAGACUUACUCAGCAUUUCGGUCUUCGGAAAAGACAAUUGCAAGAACAUCACGGAAUGAGGUUGGAGGACUUCCGUAUUGUUAAAGGAGACGGCGGUCUUGAGUCGAGUACAACGAAGGGCCAACUAAGACCAGACAAGCUGGGUUAAAUGCUAAACCCAGAUAUUUCCCGCCAAAGAUGUUCCGGACGAGAGGUGAAAGAUGUCCAUGCAGUAGCAUUCUUUUCAGAAUAUAUAAGCCGACGACCUUCCAAGUUUCAACAAUGUGGUCCAUUUUAUGUCUCGGUGAAUUAAAAAUCAACAGGCGACACGACGAUGAAACAUGGUACAAAGUCCAACCCAUGGGAGUCGAUAAGAUAAACUCCAUGAUGAAAGAUAUAUCAUCGCUGGAACAACUCUUGAUCGAGGCAAGCGAGGAGACGUUUUCCAAUCACAAUGCCAGCAAAAGAUUGGUAGACAUAAUGAAAAAAGCCAUUCUAGAGCGGUCGGGCCUUGCCAAAGUUAGCGGACGCCGAAACAUGCAGUCCUUGAACGAAGCAGACGAAAACGAACAGCGAAGUCUUUCGAGGGUUAACUCGAGAACAAACAACCAAGAAAAACAAAAAUCUGCCAAUUCAUCUGUCUUGAGUGCAAUGAUUUCUCAGAUGUUAACUUCUCAAGCGCAGAAUCUCGUAAAUUCCUUCUCAUAUUGCAAUGUCACAUUCAACAUCAACAGCAACACUUCGCCCGUAAUCACCACUAAAAUGGCGAUGUCAUGUUUUGGACAGUCAUUCGGACAGUGAUUAACUUGUUGACAGUUUAGUCCACUUUCAACAAGCUCGAAUAACUUUUUACUAGAAAUACAUGCAUGCAACAAGCCCUCGCCUAUAUUCUCCAAACAUUGUUUCAACAUGAAGUAUUCGUAAUUACGCCAACACUGAACGCAGGCUCGCGUUGCACGUCAUGUUAGUCAUGGCAACACGAUUAUUGUUUUUUAAAUUUUUUGUAUAAACGUGCAAAAAAUAGAUGAAACUUGAACACUUUUAAAUACAGAACAAUCAAUUUCUAAAAUAUAUAAAGUACGUAUAUUAUUUUGGUUUCUAUGGGCUUUAUUUUAUUGUAUAAUUCGAAACCAAAUUCUACGUAUUAAAAACGUUUUUUAAUGGAAUUGAAAUUAUAACGGCUUUUUGCCGAUAUUAAUCUCUUCAACUUAUUAUUCGCACUUUGAAAUGAAAUAAAUUUAAUUCGUACAGCACGCUAAUGAAAUAAUUUGCUUUCCUUUUUAUCAUGAACUUCUACAAAAUUUAAUUUAACUAAGGAACUUUCGCAUACAAUGAAUAGGAAAGACUUGAACAACAAGUCUAUAUUAUAUUUAUGAAUAUUCAAAGUCGUACAUAAACAAUUGAAACAAACUUGCCCUAUAGGCUAUACUUUAAGAUUUGUCAUACUAAAUUAAUACUUAUAAAUGUUUACGUUUAAAAAUUGAAAAAAAGUUUUACAAUUUGUUAUGUGAAACGAUUUUCCAAGCUUUCUUACAUGUAUUUUUUAUAUUUUCUCCUUCUUCAGUCCUGGCAAACAGCCAUAUUUUGAGUUCAGUGUGAUGACCACCCAUACACCCAUGAACCGCGACCGCGAUAUUUGAUGAACUUUAGACUUCGCUAGUGCUUUCUUUUCCCCGGGUGUAAAUAGCCUGGCGGAAUUAGUACCCUCGCCCCGGGCUUACCCCCGGAACGGCGCUCUGGCUCGAGGAUAAUACGUUUUGGAUUCUGACAGUUAUAACGUACACAGUGACAAUUGUAUAUUUGUUUUUAUAUAUUAUUCUGUUUUUGUGUAAAUUCAAAUAAAUGAAUAAAUUAAUUCCAUGUGACUUACGCACGUGAGUGCAUAAUUUUUUAAUUUAUUAUAUUCAUUUUGAAAUCAUUGGUGUUUCGUGCAAUCUGAUUGGUUAACAGGAGUGCGAUUCGUGCUGAAAUCGCACCUUCUUUCAACCAAUCGCAUUCGAGUACUGUAACCAAUCCUAUUUAAUCAUAUAAUUCAAACAGCCAAUCAAUUUUAAGAAAAGUGUGAUAUGGCAAAUGAGCAUAAACAAAAAUUUACAUAUGUCAUGAUUAGCCGUGAGUGCCUAAGCACUUUUUUGCACAUAAAAACAAAAAAAUAUGGGUAGCUACGGUAAACUAUCAAAGAAUUGCAAAGAAUUUUAAUUUUUUUGAAUUUUCACAAAUAGUAACAGGCAAAAAUGCGAACAAAAGCAAAUUUAAAGCGUCUGGGAAAACAAAGGUAAAUUCCCUUAUCGUAUUUCCAAUUUUAAAAGCACAAAACUGCACCAAAACUCUUUCAAAUCACUCGUAAAACCUACAAUAUGUUUAAACUUACUUGUGUUGUCUCUUAUUCUUUAUAAAUGUCUUCGUUUCUUUAUGAGAAAUUUAAGAAAACUAAGUUGAUCGUGUUCGCUUAUUGUUGCUAUGCUAUAGCACUCAGGGAGGUACCGGAGGUGUGUCUUUUGCAAACAAAAACGUUUCCGGUUUACAAAAAUACUUGAGAUUACAAAAAUACUUCGUUUUGAACGAAUAUAAUAAAGUGGAAAUUGAACUUCGUGCAUGUCGUGCAAUUUUGGACUGAUAUCAAACUUGUGAUUACAAAUCGACCUCCCACUUCGCGGUCGUGCGAUUUUGUAAUCACGCGUUUGAUUUCAGUCCAAAUUGCACUCCACUCAGUUCAAUAACCAUUAUGUAUAUUAUUAAAAAGUAACAGUAUUGUUUCUCGUGCAAUUUGGAAAAACAUGUACUCGUGAGUUUUUCAAAGACUUCAGAUUGCACUCGUCCUUCGGAGUCUUUGAAAAACUCACUCGUCCAUGUUGCGCUCGAAACCAUACUAUUACCUAUACAAACAGUGAAAUACAGUGAAUAGUGAAAUAUCCAUUUUGAUGUUCCGCAACGACCAUCCCAAUAUACACAAUGAUUAAAUAAAAGUGGCGAUAUGUACAUGUACGCGAAUGACACUACUCUAUGUAACGAGUUUGCCAACUCUUCGCCCAUUGUGGUAAAACAAAAUGAUUAUUUCAAAAUUUAGAAAUUUUUACGAUAUUUCUGGCAAAGGAACGAACAUACAUGCAUGCACUGAGACUCUCGCCUUGCUGACAAAACCAUUGUAUUUUCCGAACAUGAAGUACUUAAAGUAGUUGUCAUGGUAACACGAUAAUUUUAUUAAGAAUAUUUUUACAAUUGAAAAAUCCCCUAAAAAUAUCACUUUUAAUUUUUAAAUUAAAUGAUCAAUUUCCCAAACAUAUAUAUGUUAAGUAUGUUAUUAUACGUAGUAUAAGCUUCAAUUGAAUGUAAAAUUCAACCACAAACGCUUCGCAAAACGUUUUAAAAUGCUCUUUAUAUUAAAAACUUAACUGCCUUUAUCGAUAAACUUUGAGUUUGAAAUAAAAUUAUUUCAAAUUCUUGCAUGCAAAUAACUUUGCUUUCUUAGUAGUUUUUUUUUAUUUAAAAAAAUUUAAUAUAAUAAAAAAGGGGUAAUCAAUAAAGAUACACUGAAAUUAUAUGCUGCCUUUUUUCAUUUAAAAAUCUACGCAACGAUCAGAUUUUAAAAUAAUUAGCUAAUAUAAAGCAAACAAUAGUUACAUCAAUAUUUAAAUCUUACCUUCGUUAACAUCGGCGCCUUUGCUCCCUUCUAUAGCAAUUCCAUUUGCCUUUUUUUCUCAAAAAGCUUUUGAAAUUUACAAAAUCUUGCAAAAAUGAAAUAUAUUUGCAAGAAAUCAUCAAAUCUAUUUAGCUGUCGUCAUGCAGUCGUUAUAAUGCAAAUUUUGAAUUGGACCAAUCAGUGUUCGCUUUUCAUGACAGUCCGCUAUAUUUUGAGAUCAGUGAGGAUGGCCACCCACGGUUGGUCACCUACGCUCGCGAUCAUUGAUGAACUUUAGACUUCGCUAAUGCUUUCCUUUCCCCGGGGCUAAAUAGCCGGGCGGAAUGACGGAAUGGACUUUACAAAAUGAAAUGGGGGUACUGUCUCGCAAUACCAAGGUGUAAAAGUUCUGAUGCAUGCUUUGACAAAAUGUCGUACCAAUAUACGAAAAUAUAAAUGCACAAAUGUUUAUCAGAGUUAGACAGGACUACAUCAACUUUUUCUUAUUUUGUAUAUGUAGAUAAAUUAUUCAUUUAGACUCUCAAUGUGUUAAUUCGUGGUCUGUUAAGACAGGGUGUCACGAGUCUGCUCAAUAACCUAGGUGAAUUGUCCACACCCCAUUAACAUAUAAUAUGUUUCAUUACUUUAGUUUAUCGGAGUACAUCAAUGCCAAACUAGAGGAAAAGGAUUGUGAUGUCAUUGAUGGUCUAGAGGAUUAUAUACCGGAGGAUAUCAAAGUGGAACAUGCCGUGGAAGCUUGGAAAGUUGCCUGCCAGAAAAGCGAAGAUUACCACUCAAGGAUGCAGGAGUAAUUUGUGGAGAAUUUUUGUCCAUUUAUGAUUUUUAUAUGACUUAUAAUUUACAUCAGAUUAAUUAAUCAUCGACUCAGCGAGAAAGAUUAUUUAACGUAUAAUUUCAAAACCUUACACAUAUCUUACAUAAAUUAGACCAAUAGUACAAUUGGUAUCACAUUCUUUUUUCAUUCAAUAUAUUUUGCAUGCAUUUAUUUUGGGAAAAUAAAUUUUUGAUCGCUUUAACAGUUCUUUCGGGUUUCGCAUAGUCCGUAAGUCAUUAACACCAUUGGAAAUACCAAAUGAGUGUAAAAUUGGUAUGAUUACGAUAUAUUUGAACCGUAUAUAUGGUCUUUAUCAGAGGCAGAUCAGGUUUGGAAAUAAAUUAAGAAUGUCCGACUCAUUGGUUUUUAACCAUCUAUCAAAUUAGUGCAGAAUAGUUGCCAUUAAACCAACUAAUGGUUUUGCCACAAUUGAUUAUGCGAAAUGCAAGGUGCGUCUUAAGUAAUAUGAAAUGACCGAGAAUGACUAAGUGUAUUGCGUUCGACGGGAAAGGAAACGCGCUACAGAGUACACUUUGCAAUACUGACUUUUUAAAUUGCCGUUUGCAGUAACGGAAGGAAAUUGUGUUAGUUAAAUUUCAUGUUGUUUUCAUACUUACACAAAGCCCCACAAACAAGACGCCUGCUCAGGCGUUCACACUGACCUGAAAAUGACGACAGAGUGCAACACAAAAAUGAACACAAGUACACAAUGGGUGUUUAUGGGUGUACAACGUCUAUUUAUAGUUGUUUAUUAAAACGUCAAACCAUUAACUAAACUGUCAUACAUUUAACUUGUCCUUGUUUAUAUUUCACUAUAUUGUAUAAAUUCGCUGGGCCCAAAUUGGGGGGUUUUCGAGUCGUUACACAAAGAAAAACACA